AUGCUUAUGCAACAAAUAUAUUGGAGGCCAAAUUGUGUGAUCGUACAAAAGCCAAGCCUCCGUGGCAUUGGCAGUAAUAACCAUAGAUGUUUUCAGGUUGGUUUGUCAAGAGCAUUGUUCGUAAACCAAAAGAAACAGAAGAAGUUUAAAAAUGAGUACAACAAAAUCAAAGCUAUGGUUGUGAGUGAAGAAUCAAAAGAAAGAAAACAAGUGAAAGCUACAGUAACUGUUAAACCAGCAGGUGAAGGGGUUUUGUCAAAACUGGGUUUACAAAGAGGUCUUGAUAAAAUAAGUGAAUUGAUGGGUAAAACAAUUCUCUUGGAGCUUGUUAGCUCUGAGCUUGAUCCAAAGACGAAACUAGAAAAGAAAAGAAUCAAAGGUUACGUUCAUUUGACGAAUCGAUCAGCAGAAGAGGUUAAAUAUGAAUCUGAAUUUGAAGUACCAGCAAAUUUUGGAGAGAUUGGUGCUGUUCUUGUGGAAAAUGAACAUCGAACAGAAAUGUUUAUGAGAGAAAUUGUUCUUGAUGGCUUUCUCACUGGUCCUGUUAAAUUUUCAUGUGAAUCUUGGGUUCAUUCCAAGUUUGACAACCCUACUAAGAGAGUGUUUUUCUCAAACAAGUCAUAUUUGCCAUGUGAAACACCAGAAGGAUUGAAAUUGUUAAGAGAAGGGGAACUAAUAAGUUUACGAGGCAAUGGUCAAGGCGAACGCCAAACCUUUGAACGAGUAUAUGAUUACGAUGUGUAUAAUGACCUCGGAGAUCCAGACACCGAUCCCAAACACAAGAGACCUGUUCUUGGUGGAACUGAACAUCCAUAUCCUAGACGUUGUAGAACCGGAAGACCUCGCUGUAAUACUGAUCCAUUGUCUGAGAAAAGAAGUAACAAUGUCUACGUGCCUAGGGACGAAUGCUUCUCUGGUGUUAAACAACUUGUAUUUUCCGAAAAUACCUUACAAUCUGUUUUCAAUCCUCUUUUGUCGGGUUUGAGAGCGUCUGUAAUUGACAAGAAUAUUGGAUUCCCUCUUUUCUCAUCCAUAGAUGAGCUUUUCAAUGAAGGAUUUAAUUUGCCUCCUCAAAAGGAGAAAGGAUUUCUUAGGACUGUAUUGCUGCGGUUGGUCAGGCUUGUCAGUGAUGCUACGAUUCUUCGUUUUGAGACUCCCGCUACAGUGGACAAGGACAGAUUCUUUUGGUUUAGGGAUGAAGAAUUCGGAAGACAGACUAUAGCUGGCCUUAAUCCUUGUUGCAUCCAAUUGGUUACGGAAUGGCCAUUGAAAAGCAAACUUGACCCUAAUAUUUAUGGUCCUGCGGAAUCAGCGAUAACUACUGAGAUAAUUGAACAACAAAUAGGAGGGUUCCUUACUGUUGAAGAGGCCAUAAAACAGAAGAAGUUGUUCAUCCUAGACUACUAUGAUUUUUUCUUGCCAUUAGUAGAGGAAGUUAGAAAACUUGAAGGGACAACAUUGUAUGGAUCGAGGACAUUGUUCUUCCUGACGCACGACGGUGCAAUAAGACCCCUAGCAAUUGAGCUAGCUCGGCCGCCGAUGAAUGGAAAGCCACAGUGGAGGCAAGUGUUCACACCUUCUUGGCACUCAACUGAAGUUUGGCUUUGGAGACUUGCCAAAACUCAUGUCCUUGCUCAUGAUGGUGGCUUUCACCAACUUGUUAGUCACUGGUUGAGAACUCAUUGUAGUACAGAACCAUACAUCAUUGCAACAAACAGGCAACUCAGUGCAAUGCAUCCAAUCUACAGAUUAUUACUUCCACAUUUUAGAUACACACUGGAAAUCAAUGCACUUGCACGUGAAAAACUAAUAAAUGUAGAUGGAAUAAUAGAGAGUAGCUUCACUCCCAAACAACAUUCCCUCUUAGUAAGUUCUAUAGCCUAUGAUCAACACUGGCAAUUUGACUUACAAGCCCUCCCCAAUGACCUAAUCCACAGAGGAAUUGCAGUAAAAGAUCCAAAUGCCCCUCAUGGAUUGAAACUGGCCAUAGAAGAUUACCCUUAUGCAAAUGAUGGCCUUGUUCUUUGGGAUGCUAUCAAAUCUUGGGUCACCGAUUAUGUCAACCACUACUAUAAUACAGAUUCAAGAAAUGUUGAGUCAGAUAAAGAAUUACAAGCAUGGUGGGAAGAGAUUCGAAAUGUUGGACAUGGUGACAAGAAAGAUGAACCUUGGUGGCCUAAUUUGAAAACAAAUGAAGAUCUUAUUGAAAUUGUGACCACCAUUGUUUGGAUAACAUCAGGACAUCACGCGGCCAUGAAUUUUGGUCAGUACACUUACGCGGGAUAUUUUCCUAAUAGGCCUGCCAUUGCGAGAACCAGCAUGCCUACAGAAGACCCCUCUGAUCAAGAACUAGAACUUUUCUAUAAUAAACCAGAAGUGACAUUGUUGAAGUGUUUUCCUUCGCAAAUUCAAGCAUUGACGGUGAUGACAGUGUUGGAUAUUUUGUCUACUCAUUCCCCAGACGAGGAAUAUCUUGGACAAACGAUUGAGCCGGCUUGGGAAGAGGAACCAAUGGUUAAGGCUGCUUUUGAAAAGUUUAAAGGGAAGUUAACGGAGCUUGAAGGUAUAGUUGAUCAGAGGAAUGCUGAUAAGAAUCUGAGGAAUAGAAAUGGUGCUGGGAUUUUGCCUUAUGAGCUUUUGAAGCCAACUUCAGAACCUGGUGUAACAGGAAAAGGUGUUCCAUAUAGCAUCUCUAUUUGA